AUGGGCCGCCCAGACGUACAAGCGGACGCACGCCGCGUGCUCGAGGUCCUCAAGCGCGGCGGCAUCGCCAUCUGCCCGGCGGACGUCGGCUACGCCGUGAUGGCGACGAACGUCAAGUCGCUCGAGAAGAUCUUCCCGAUGAAGCAGCGCGGCGCGCACAAGCGGCACGCGGGCAUCGGCUCCUACGCCAUCCACCGCGCCGUCCACGUCGUCGACCCCCUGCACCGCGAGAUCAUCGACCACCUCGCGCUCGACCUUGAAAUCCCCGUCGGCGUCAUCGCCCGCUACGAUCACGAGCAUCCGAUGGUGAAGAAUAUCGACCCUGAUACCCUGCAGGCGGUCGAUGUUAAUGGUAGUCUGUCGCUGCUGGUCAAUACGGGCGCGUUCCAGGAUGCGCUGACGAGCUUGACGUUCGCGGAGAAUAUUCCGCUGCUCGGGAGCUCGGCGAAGUUGUCGGGGACCGGCACCAAGUACCGCGUCGACGACAUCAACAAGGAGCUCCUCGCGAUCGCGGACAUCGUGAUCGACUACGGGCUGCUGAAGUGGUGGGUGCACGGGCGCAGCUCGACGCUGCUGGACUUCAGCGGGCCGUCCGUGGACGUCAUCAGGAUCGGGGCCUGCUACGACGUGAUGCGGGACGUGCUCAAGCGCCGGUGGAACAUCGAGCUGCCGCCAGACCCCGGGAUGGAGUCCUCGAGGUUCGGGCACAUGAGGAAUCUAGAUCCGGUGGAGGCGCUGCAGAAGUUGAUUCAGGCGGAGGCGAAUGGGAAUGGUAAAUGA